ACAUUCAGAUUGCGUUGAGUUACAUAACCGUGCAAAAGUGCCUUAACAAUCAUUCUCGUUGAUCAAACUUCGUUUGCGAUUAUUUAUUUAUUACAAUAAAAAUGUUCCGAUUUGUGUGUCUUUUGACUGUCGUCGCUGUCUGCAACGCUGGUAUCGCCAAUUACAAUGGUGCUGCUGUCAUUGCCCCCACAAUUACCAGCGAACAACAAAAUGUUUUGAGAUCGUAUGGAAAUUUACAACAAGUCUCGUACAACUCAAAAACUAUCGACACACCAUACUCAUCUGUCUCAAAGUCUGAUGUUCGUGUAAGCAACCCAGGAAUUGCCAUCACACGUGCCCAACCAGUCGCUUAUGUCGCCCCAGCUGCUUAUCAUGCAACAGCCUACCAAGCCGCUCCAGUCGUUCGUGCUCAACCUUUGGCGUAUGCUGCUCGUACCUAUCAAGCACCAGCUGCUUAUCAAAUCGCUCAACCUUUGGCAUAUCAUGCACCAGCUGCUCAAGUUGUUGCCGCAGCUCCUGCCGCAAAAUUGUUGGGCGUCGCAUACUCUCCAGCUACUGCGGUCAGCCACAUGAGUUAUUCCGCACCUUUGAUCUCAUAUGCCUGGUAAACAUCGUCGACAUUGUGAAGGUAGAAAAUAAAACGGGAAGGAAGACAACAAAAGAAGAAAAUUAUGCUUCGUUGAGUAGGAAAAGCCUCAUCGAAUAAAAACUCAUCACAACUCUUUAGAGAAACAAAAAAAGUUAAAUAACAUUUUGAUCACUUUAUCAUCUUCUUUCUCUGCUAUUUUAUAUUUCAUAUUUUAUAAUUUUUUUCGGCUUGUAACUUAUAAAAUUUCCAGAAC